CGCAUGCGCAGGGACCCGCCGCCGCCGUUGCCGCCGCCGCUUCAGCACCGGCGCCCGGACAGCGGCGCCGCCCACGGGCAUGGACGGUGGUGGCGGCAGCAGCAGCAGCGAUCCGGUUCCCGGCCCGGGUCCGGAAGGGGAGCAGCGGCCCGAGGGGGAGCUUUUGGCCCCAGAAGGCAGCUCCCCGGACAGGUCCCAGAGCAAGGCUGUGGCCCCAGAGGCCAGCCCAGAGAGGAGCUGCUCCCUCCACAGCUGCCCCCUUGAGGACCCUUCCAGUUCUUCUGGACCACCACCAGCAACUUCCACCCUCCAGCCUGUGGGCCCAUCCAGCCCCUUGGCCCCUGCUCACUUUACCUAUCCCCGAGCACCGCAGGAGCACCGGGGGGCAAGCUCCCUGCCAGGGCUUGGGGACCGGGCAGGACUGUGCUCCCAUGGCUCCAGCCUCAGCCCUUCCCCAGCCCCCUCACAGCGUGAUGGGACCUGGAAGCCAGCAUCUGUGCAGCACCACGUGGUCAGUGUCAGGCAGGAACGGGCCUUCCGGAUGCCAAAGAGCUAUUCCCAGCUGAUUGCGGAGUGCCCAGUGGCCGUGCUGCUGCUGUGUCUGGCUUUCAUCCUCCUCUGCACCCUGGCUGGACUGCUGGGGGGCCAGCUACCUGAUUUCUCCAAGCCCUUACUGGGCUUUGAGCCUCGGGACACGGACCUUGGGCGCAAGCUAGUUGUCUGGAGAGCACUGCAGGCCCUCACAGGCCCCAAGAAGCUGCUUUCCCUUUCCCCAGACCUUGAGCUGAACAGCUCAAACCCCCAUACCACUCUGAGUCCCGCCACACCCUGGAGCAGUGCCCAAGAGGGGAUGGUCCGGCCUCGGAGGAUGGUGGAGUCCUUGGAGGACAGAGGGCAGGAGAGCUUCUUCUGUGGCCCCCCUGAGAAGAGCUAUGCACAGCUGGUGUUCAUGUCCACCUCAGUGGGCAGCCUGUGGAACCUGCACGCCAUUCAUUCUAUGUGUCGCAUGGAACAUGACCAGAUCCGCUCCCAUCCCAGCUUUGGGGCUCUGUGCCAGCGUACAGCAGCCAACGAGUGCUGCCCAAGUUGGUCCCUGGGCAACUACGUGGCUGUGCUCUCCAAUCGCUCCUCCUGCCUAGACAUUACUCAAGCCGAUACAACCCGCACGCUGGCCCUGCUGCGGGCCUGUGCCCUCUACUAUCACCGUGGUGCCCUGGUGCCCUCCUGUCUGGGACCCGGAAAGGACAAACCCCCACGCUGUACCCAGGUUCCCACCAAGUGCUCCCGGAGCAGUGCUGUCUACCAACUCCUGCACUUCCUGCUGGACAGGGACUUUCUGAGUCCCCAGACUGCGGACUACCAGGUGCCCUCCCUCAAGUACAGCCUGCUCUUCCUGCCCACCCUGAAGGGUGCCUCCAUGAUGGGCCUCUACCUGGACCGCCUCGCUAUGCCCUGGGGGCUCUCCGACAACUACACGUCCGUCACCGGCAUGGACCUGGGCCUCAAGCAGGAACUGCUGAGGCACUACCUGGCCCAGGACACGGUGUACCCCUUGCUGGCCCUGGCCGCCAUUUUCCUCAGCAUCGCCCUCUACCUGCGCUCGCUCUUCCUCACGCUCAUGGUGCUGCUGGGGGUGCUGGGCUCUCUGCUGGUUGCCUAUUUUCUCUACCGAGUGGCCUUCCGGAUGGCCUACUUCCCCUUCGUCAAUCUGGCAGCCCUCGUCCUGCUGAGCAGCGUCUGCGCUAACCACACCCUCAUCUUCUUCGACCUCUGGCGCCUCAGCAAGAGCCAGCUGCCCUCUGGGGGGCUGGCGCAGCGCGUGGGCCGCACCAUGCACCACUUCGGCUACCUGCUGCUGGUCUCGGGCCUCACCACGGGCGCGGCCUUCUACGCCAGCUACCUGAGCCGCCUCCCGGCCGUGCGCUGCUUCGCGCUCUACAUGGGCACGGCUGUGCUGGCGCACCUGGCGCUCACGCUGGCCUGGCUGCCCUCCUCCGCGGUGCUGCACGAGCGCUACCUGGCGCGCGGCUGUGCGUCCCAGGCGCGUGGUCCGUGGGCCGGCAGCGCGCCCCGGCGACUGGCACUGGCACUCCACCGACGGCUCCGCGGCCUCCGGAGGGCGGCCGCCAGCACCUCGCGCCUGCUCUUCCAGCGCCUCCUGCCCUGCGGUGUCAUCAAGUUCCGCUACAUUUGGAUCUGCUGGUUCGCCGCGCUGGCGGCUGGGGGCGCCUACAUCGCCGGCGUCAGCCCCCGCCUGCGGCUGCCCACGCUACCGCCGCCCCGCGGCCAGGUCUUCCGGCCCAGCCACCCCUUCGAGCGCUUCGACGCCGAGUACCGUCAGCAGUUUCUGUUUGAGCGGCUGCCUCAGGGCGAGGGCGGCCACAUGCCUGUGGUCUUGGUGUGGGGCAUCCUGCCCGUGGACACGGGAGACCCUCUGGACCCUCGCAGCAACAGCUCACUGGUGAGCGACCCUGGCUUCUCAGCCAGCGGUCCUGAGGCCCAGCGCUGGCUGCUGGCCCUCUGCCGCGGAGCUCGGAAUCAAAGCUUCUUCGGGGCCCAGCCGGAGGGCUGGCCCACAUUGUGCUUCGUGGAGGCCCUCCAGCGCUGGAUGGAGAGCCCCGGCUGUGCCCGCCUGGGGCCGGGCCUCUGCUGUGGCCACCUGGGCUUCCCCUGGGCCCCGCAGCUUUUCCUACACUGCCUCAAGAUGAUGGCUCUGGAGCAAGGCCCGGAGAGCCCCCGGGACCUGGGACCCCGCUUCAAUACCCAGGGCGGCUUGGCUGCCCUGGUCCUGCAGUUCCAGACCAACUGCCCCUACAGUCCAGACUACAGCCAGGCUCACCACUUCUACACUGAGGUCAACCACUGGCUGGCAGCAGAGUUGGGCAGGGCACCCCCUGGCCUGCGCCGGGGUUGGUUCACCAGCCAUCUGGAGCUGUACAGCCUGCAGCACAGCCUGAGCACCGAGCCUGCAGUAGUGCUGGGCCUGGCGCUGGCGCUGGCCUUCGCCACACUGCUGCUGGGCACCUGGAAUGUUCCACUUAGCCUGUUCUCAGUGGCAGCUGUGGCCGGCACUGUGCUGCUCACCGUGGGGCUCCUGGUUCUGCUCGAGUGGCAGCUCAACACUGCCGAGGCCCUCUUUCUCUCCGCCUCGGUGGGCCUCUCUGUGGACUUCACUGUCAACUACUGCAUCUCCUACCACCUGUGCCCACACCCUGACCGCCUGAGUCGAGUGGCCUUCUCACUGCGCCAGACCAGCUGCGCCACAGCAGUGGGGGCUGCAGCCCUGUUUGCAGCCGGUGUGCUCACGCUGCCUGCCACAGUGCUGCUCUAUCGCAAGCUGGGCAUCAUCCUCAUGAUGGUGAAGUGCGUCAGCUGCGGCUUCGCCAGCUUCUUCUUCCAAUCUCUCUGCUGUUUCUUUGGACCAGAGAAGAACUGUGGGCAGAUCCUCUGGCCUUGUGCACACCUGCCGUGGGAUGCUGGAACUGGGGAGCCUGGUGGGGAGAAGGCAGGUCGCCCACGACCAGGGCCGGUGGGAGGGGUGCCUGGGUCCUGCUCAGAGCAGUACGAGCUACAGCCGCUGGCACGACGCCGGAGUCCCAGCUUUGACACCAGUACAGCCACCAGCAAGCUGUCUCACCGGCCCUCAGUGCUCUCUGAAGAUCUACAGCUGCAUGAUGGCCCCUACUGCUCCCGGCCCCCGCCAGGUCCUGCAUCCCCAAGGGAGCUGUUCCUGGACCACCAGGCAGUUUUCAGCCAGUGCCCAGCCUUGCAGACUUCCUCUCCCUACAAGCAAGCCGGACCCAGCCCCAAAACCCGGGCCAUGCAGGACUCCCCAGGGAAGAAGGCUGAGCUGGUGCAGGCCUCACUAGAAGCCCCAGCCCACCCUCCCAGGCCCAAGCCCCAGGUGGUGGAGCCCCCUGAUUGCCUCUGCUCCUCAGCCAGCACCCUGGAGGGGCUCAGCGUCUCUGAUGAGACCUGCUUAAGCACCUCCGAGCCGAGUGCCCGUGUGCCAGAUUCCGUGGGUGCCUCCCCAGAGGAUCUGGAUGAAGCCGAGCAGACAGUACCUGAACGGGGCCAGCUCAAUGAGAAGCGGGACACACUGUGGCUGGCGCUCAAGGAGACUGUUUACGACCCAUCUCUGCCCCCCUCACACCAGAGCAGCUUGUCCUGGAAGGGCCGUGGUGGGCCGGGGGAUGGCAGUCCUGUGGUGCUGCCCAACAGCCAGCCAGAUCUGCCAGAUGUUUGGGUCCGCAGGCCCAGCACCCACACUUCAGGCUACAGUAGCUGAGGGAGGCCCAGGGAGGCCCGACUGGGGCACAGAGCCUGUGGGGAUGACGAACCCAGAGCAGCACCAGGCUAGAGCCUGAUAGUGUUUCCCACAUCAGCGUGGGGAGGUCUCACUCUCCAGCUGUGGAUUUUAAACCCUGCCAGAUGUUCUGGCCCUGGUCUGGGCUGCUGCUUACUCCCCACACCUGGAGGAUUUGGUUUGGGGGUGGUCUUUGGAGUGAAAUGCCAAGCUCUCCUUGUGACCUGCGAAGGGCUCAUCUGUUCCCACAGUGCCAACCAGGACCCACCCUCUGGAAGGGCGAAGGUCAUGUGUGCAGCUCCAUGUAUUAGGGGAGGCUGACCUGGCCCCCAGGACAAGGGGCAUGAAAUUCAGUGGGACUAAGGGACCCAGUCCUUGGGAUCCUGUGGGCCCCUUCAUCAACCAAGAGCCCUGGGAAACUUCAGCAGCCUCCUGGGCCUCUCACCUUUCGGAGGCUUUUUUAUCAGGACACUUCCUUUUCUUUGGGGGAGCCUCUUGGAGUCAUAAUUGGGCUGGGGUCUCUGUCCUGAAUGGUCUACUCCCCUCACAUUACCCAGUCUGUCAAGAAAUUUGUCCCAGCCAAGCAAAGAUGGCUUCUGGGAGUAAAGUAGGUGGUGGAGAGAUGGUGAGUCCCAGAGCAUCCCUGAAUUGCUAACAGUCCCUCAUGGAAAGCUGCUCUGGCAUGGAAGUGUCCUUUCCCCUGUUAACACCAGUAAGAAUCCUUUACAUCCCGCCUAUUUUGGUUUGCAGAACACUUCCAUGCCCAUUGUGUCCUGGGAAUCUCAUCACUUCUGUGUGAGGUAGCCUGUAGUUGGUUGGGUCCCAGGUUACAGGUAAAGACAAUGCAACUAAGGUUACCUGUUUUCACAAAGUCCCAUAGUGAGCGGGUGGCAGAGCAGGUUUCCUGACUGACUCCACUGCUGCUCCCACUCUCGUCCUGUUUACCUGCCCCAGGGACAUUGACCUACGGCUGUCUUGAUCUUUGCUCUGGCACCUUUUAACAACCUGUCUUCACAGGUGCCUCUGGGUACCACUUUAGGCCUCCGUCUCCAGAAGAAGCUGCACUCUGAGCAAGCCUGGAGUUCCUCCCCAUAGCCCCUGGACUUCCUUCCAGCUCUAGCUGAGAUGUCUUCAUCCAUGAGGCACCUAAGCUGAUCUGAUUCCCAAGUUCAGGGUCAGGGGAAGGACUUGUCCAUGGCUUCGGUGUGCAGAGAGCCCCUGCCAGGAGAGGCACUGAGGGCAGUUGAGGCUAGGCAGAAUCCAGUUAAGGCAGGAACUCAGGCCUGCCCUCUUUGGAGGUAUGGCAGUCUGAUGCUGUUUCGCAGGUCAGGGUUCUGGUUCCCAAAGGACAGGUCUCUCUAGGGGCACUCAGCAGACAAAAGUCUGACACUCCUUCCCCAAAGCAAAGGGUCUCUCUGGAAGGUUUUAUCUCACAUGAGAGCUCAGGACACGUGGAGCAUCAACAAAUUUACUGAGCACCACUCCACCUAUGGCACUAUAAGAGGACAGAGACAUGGAGGGAAAAUCAGACAUCUGCCCUCAAGGAUCUCACCCUCUAGCUGGGGAAACAGCCCCCACCCCCAUACAUGCAGGCAUCAGUGGGUCACUGAUGGCACCAUACAGCACUUGCUGAGCGCCAUAUGCCUGUCACCAUGAGCACUGCUUGGAGCUCAAGCACCCAGGACUGGUAACCAGGAAGGAUUCCUGAGCUGGGCUUCAGUAUCUCAGCCUGGAAGUGACCUUAACAAUCAUUUGUUUCAGCAGUUCUCAAACUUUGGAGCCUCAGGACCCUUUGUUCAAAGAAUCCUUGUAUGGAAACACUGCAUAUAAAGCUGAGAAAAAGCAACUACACUGUUGGAUGCUGGGGGUGGGGAAGUCCAGAGCCAGGUCAGCCUCCUUUUCUACUGUGCCUCUCAGGGGAUCCUGGGGAACCCUGAAAGCUCUUGAUGGCUCUGAAGAAUGUGUCUCGAAAACCACUGAUCCAGGUCAUUUUACAGAUGAGCAUCACAGAGGGGAAGGAUUUUUCUGGGGCCAAAGAGACAGAACUGGAGGCAAAUUAGGGGGUUUGGGCUUUAUAUAUAUAUACAUAGUUGAGACUUACCUCCCACGCCAACUUAUAAGAAGUGGGAUAUGGAGAUAUCAAUGAGAUAUGGGAGUUGUGGAAGUGACAGAAGACCAUGGGCAGGAAUGACAGGUUACAUCGGCUUUGCAAGAUAAAGAUACCCAUCUGACUCCUGGUGGCAGGAAGGAGAGACAGUAACUAGGACUAACUUGGACCAUCUCCCUGGAGUUCUAAGGGACCUCUCUCUCUUCAUGUCAGAGGGGAAUUCAGCCUCUCUGGCCUAGGGCUGCUCAUCAGCCUCUGAGUCCUGGCUUCUCUGCACUAUGGACUGUCUCCUGUUAUCACACAGCCAGGUCGGUAGAGCUCUGGUCAUCUGGGAUCAUCACCCAGAGGGAGGACAAGGUGAGCCCUUCCUCCUGAACAUGAGCAGAAGUCUGGCCUUGACUCCAUCAUUGUAGCUGCCUCUCAGGGCCACACAACCCUUCAGGAAGGCAGAUGAGCUGGAGGAGCCAAAGUACCGACUAGAUUUGUUCUUUACACCAGCGUGCCCAAAGGACUGGAAGAACUCAGUGUAAUCCCAGUCAGCCCCUCGAACCUGGAGUGGCCCAAACCAACAGCAGGCAUCACAGUAGUGGAUAAUCCCACCUGCAUCUCUAGCUCCAACUUUGGUGUUUUGGUUUUUUUUUUUUUGACAGGGUCUUAGUUCCCCAACAAGGGAUCAAACCCGUGUCCCCUGUAGGGGAAGUGCAGAGUCUUAACCACUGGACUCCCAGGAAAGUCCCCCUUGCCCCAGCUUUGGAAAGCAAGAUUUGAAGUAUUUUCAGCAGAUUUACUAUCAUCAUUAUGGUGGUUACAAAGAGUGUAUGGCCCUGGAUACACAUGGAGAGAAGCUUAGAAGCAUUCUGUGAGGCUCUGGGAAAUUCAAGAAAUGGCUCCUUAACACUGAGACACUGUAUUAAAACUGCUUUGGGACUUGCAGUCAUUUCUCCUAUUUGUGCCACAGAUCCUUGAACUCAUACCCAGAGCAUGAGUAUGUGUUAUUGUAUGUUUUAAAAAUGUAACUUGGUAUAGUUUGUUACUAUGGGAAAACCCAUCCUUCCACGGCUGUGGCACUUUGGUGACAAUGUCAGAGACUGAGUUGACUGGUAAAUCUUAGGUUUUACAGGCACAGGGCCUACCCUAUACCGUGAUAUUUAGGCGGUAUCUCAGCUUGAGCUGAGAUCAGCUUCAGCUGAUUCUGAAAGAGACAUCUCACGAGAGAUUUAUAAGCCAAAUGCCCUUAGCCCCCUCAAACUCAUUCCUCUCCUUCCAGUCCAUGACAAGGCAAGUGAGGGGAUCAGAAAAGAAGAUACAUCAGAGAGUUUCUGAUCUUUUCUUUCGUGGUGGCCUUAUCUUGGCCUUUGAUAAUACAUGCGGGCAAUUAUGAGCUCUCUGGCGUCCAUGACAUGCAUCAAGAUUUGCUUGGGAAUGGGAAAAAACAGACAUUCCUUACCCUUUCUACCCUCACCCUUGCUCACAGGGAUGACAGUAGCUCAAGGUGGUGUAGAGGUAUUUAUGCUUAGGAGAAGUUGUCACUCAAUUCGGGAAGAUAAGAAACAAAAGAAAGCCACCACGUGCUAUGUAAAUGGUGGGCUGUCCCAAGCCACUUUGUGCUGAAGAGCCCUGGAAGGACCUUGAUAAACUUAUCAUGAUCAUCA